AUGGCCGCUCUCAACAUUCUCACCUUCGAUUUGGAGGGCCGCCCGAUAGAGUUCAAUGCGUGGCUAGACAACUUACACCUGUUCCGGCUGAUAGUCUCUAAGGACGGUACUUCGCUAUUUGACCUCACUUCUGGCACCUCGCCCGCCCCUGACGCCACAGGUGACAGUCCGACUCGCUCACAGUGGCUUACCUGUGACGCUGCUGCCCGCCUAGCCGUUCGCAACCACCUGCCGUUAGCCGAACGCGCCCACUUUGGCCAGCAUAAGACAGCUAAAGCACUGUACGAUGCUGUAGUCCCUCGCUACUCCUCCCCGGCCACUGCUGCUCUAAGCCACCUUCUCCUGCCCUACCUGUUCCCAGAGCUGUCUGCCUUUGCCACAGCAGCCAACCUAGUCACUCACCUCCACACUAUGGGAGGCGCCGCAGCGGCAGGGGCAGGGGAGGCAGCAGUGGGGGUAGUAGAGGUGGAGGCGGUGGUGGGGGCAGUGGAGGAGGUGGAGGGGGCGGCGGUGGAGGAGGUAGUGGUGGUGGGGGUGGAGGGGCAGGUGGCGGGGGUGGUGGCGGCAGUGGGAGUGGUGGAGGCGGCGGUGGUGGCGGCGGUGGUGGCGGCAGUGGGAGUGGAGGCGGCGGCAAUGGUGGUGGCCGGGGUUGGUACCAGCCAAAGGGGAGGCCUUGGAGGUGGCCAGAGGCAGCAGCAGCAUCAACCCCUUUCGUCUCAGAAGCUCCGUGAGUGGUUUGCUCAGCGUGGGGCGGCUGGGAGCAGUGGUCCCUGCGCGUAUGUCAUUCGCACAGGUGAUCGCACUGGUCAGACAUGCAGGAGGUCUCACACUCAGCACCGCUGCUUCUACCACCUUACUGACGCCUUUCGCGCAGAGUUUCCUAAUGCACUUGAGCUCCCCAACUGGGCAGAGCUGCUUAGGCAGAAUGUUGAUAUCUUUGCUCUAGACUUUGAUGCUAUCCUAUCUGCCAUGUAUGCAUUGACUGUUAGUGCUGAGGGUGACUGUUACCUAUGUAUGCCGCCAGACCCAGGUAUAGAGGCUGCUGCUCUAGGUGCUAUUGAGUAUGCUGCCCUAGAUGCAUGUGAGUCUGCUCUCUCUGGUACUGCGUCUGCUGCGGGCCCGCACACCUUUACGCUUGACUCAGGUGCUUCCCGCUGUUUCUAUCGUGACAGUACCACAGUGACCCCGCUCUCUGCACCUGUUCUGUCUCUUUGGCUGACCCCUCUGGGGGCCCAAUCCUUGCACGUUCCUCCACUGUUCUGUCCUGACUGGCGGUUCCGUCUGGGUCACUGUCGGGUCUCCACCUCCCUCGUUCUCUACGAACUUGUCCUGCGUCUGCACUCUGACAGAGGUGGUGAGUUUUCCUCCGACCUCUUGCGGGUCUUUUGUCGUGCGGAGGGCAUUCCCCAAACGUUCACACUUCUGGCCUCUACGCACCAGAAUGGGGUUGCUGAGCACCGCAUUGGCUUAGUCAUGGAGGUCGCUCGUACCUCCAUGAUCCAUGAGGCUGCCCCCCAUUUUCUGUGGCCGUUUGCCGUCCAGUACGCUGCGCAUCAGCUCAACCUCUGGCCCCUGUCUCCUUGCCGGAGACCUCGCCCACAGUCCUCCUCGGUAGACCCCCUUCCCCCUCAGGGUCCUGCUCCCUCAGGUGUGCCCCAGGUAGACCCUCUCGAGCCUGUCAAGGUCGCUGUCGACUCUGGUGAUGCUAGAGGUGUUGCGUCUGGGGUGCUGAGCCUGCGGGUGCGGGACCUGAGGGGUCUCUGGGCCCUGCGGGUGCGGAGCCUGGGGGUGCUGAGCCUGGAGGCCCUUCGGGUGUCUUGUCAUGGCCGGAGUCUCUCUCUCCACUGUAGCUGCGCGAGUGGUUUGCUCAGCGCUGGAGCCUCCGGAGUGGUGCUGCUGGAGCUGGAGCUGCUGGAGGUGCUGGAGCCGCUAGUCCCGGAGGUGCUCGUAUUGGAGGUACUGGAGCUGCUGGGGCUGGAGGUACUGCUGGAGCUGCUGGAGGUGCUGGUGCUACUAGAGCUGGAACUGCUGGAGGUGCUGCUGGAGGUGCUGGAGCUACUAGGGCUGGAGGUGCUGCUGGAGCUAGAGCUGCUCGAGGUGCUGCUAGAGCUGGAGCUGCUGGAGGUGGUUCUAGAGCUAGAGCUGGAGUUCUUAGAGGUACUGGUGCUGUCGGUGCUGGUGCUGGAGGUGCUGUAUGGCACUUCGUCCUUCCUUUGUUCCACUGCGUGUCUCUUGCCGUCUCCUCCUGCGUCCUCCAUUGCUGACGGUCCGAACCCUGAGUCCGACUCCCUUCAUGCUGCUAGUCGUACUAUCACGCGUCUCCUGGCCACUGUUGUCACUAACCCUUCCUUUGAGUCCACUGCUGCGUCUGCCUUAGUUGCUGAGCUUGUCAACUUUGCUCCUCGCUGUCGCCUAGACUACGCCGCUAGCCUUGUUGCUGAGUAA